UUCCAUUAGCCGUUUUAUCAAAAAACUAAUAAAUUUUAUUUAAAACAAAAACAAUAAAUAGGAAAGUUUUUCAAAAAUUACUAUUAUAAACAUGCAGAAAGAGGGUAUUAUUAUAAUAAUAGUUGCUUCAAUUAUUAUUGCAAUGUGCAAAGAUGAACAAGUUCGUCCCUGCAAUGUACCUUGUCAGGACUGUCCAUGUUUGAAUUGUCCAGAAGGCACCGUACCUGGAAAUUACAUGUACUGCCAGUGUUGUCAAACUUGUGUGAUUCCUGAAGGAGGAAAAUGUCCUUGGACGGGUGACGAACCAGAUUCUGGAGACGUUGAAUGCGAAGUUGGUACAAAUUGUUGUAAUGGAAUUUGCUCCUUAAAUUGUGGUUGAAUAAAUAGAUAUUUUGUUUUUGUUUAGUUGCCUCUUUUUAGAAUUAAGAAAUAAUAUUGAAUUAUAUUAGUAUUGUUAUGUAUAAACCUACAAGAUAUUACCUACAUUAUUUUUAAAAAAAUGAGAAUAUCGUGUAUAAUUUGGCAAUAAAGAUAUCCAUUAUAUAGA